CAUCCAGCAAAUAAGCUGAAAACAGUUGCACAGAGAGACACCCUGUGCUUUAUUUUACAUCAUGUAAAUACAGAGCUAGGAACUUCCUCAGUUGUGCAAUAUGAAGAACUGUAACUGACAAGGGCUUCCCAUUCCGUUUCCACUUCAGGCUCCCCUCAGUUCCACUUUCUUGAGCUGAAACCCUUUCAGAGGAAACUUUGCAGGCAAAAUGGCAAUGUUCAAGCAACGGGUUCCAAUUCUGGUGCUGCAAUUUACCUGGGUGACGUAUUAUGCAGGUGCCAACUUUUGCAAAGUGACAGUAUCUCAACCUCCACUUAUGGAAGGCUACCCUGCCUCAAAAUAUAUUUCUAUACCAUGUACUUUUUCUGCUCAGGGAUGCCCCCCAUCCACUCCGACCAUACUGUGGUUUCGAUAUCUUGCGCACACCCAUGAAGCCUUGUGCACUCCCGACUGCAUGAACUUCACAAAGUUCAAAGUGUCGCACUUAACAUCUAAGAACCAGGCUCAGCUUGAGAUCAACGAAAUCAAUAAAGAAGACAGCGCAAUUUAUUUUUGUGGGGUAGCUAUUUCAAGUUCAAAUUCCUCCACCUCCAAGCAAACUGGAAGCGGAACAGUGUUAGUGAUAAGAGAGAGUGGAACAUACAGCCGAGGAGUUGAGUACAGCAUGCUGGCCAUCUCAGUUGUGCUGUUCCUCUAUCUUGUUACCUUGUUGGCAGUUUCUAAGUUAUUCACUAAGCCUAAACUCAAGAAAACAGAGAGGCAUGUCAAUGUUUGCGGUGGGGGAAGCAAAGCAGCCGUUUGUCGAGCGAUCGCAAAGGAGUUUGUUAAAAAGAAGCACAACAGACAGCGGAAGCAUGGACAUUUGGAUAAAAACCACAAAAUGGAUGAAUUAUCAUAGCAGAUGCACUUUCAUGGGUUCGGUAGAACUGGAAACGCGAU